GGACCUCCAGGUUUCAGAGGAGAUCAAGGACAUAAAGGAUCAAAAGGUGAGCCAGGAUAUGUGUAUCCAGAAGGACCAAAAGGUGAGCAAGGAGAUCCAGGGGCCAGAGGAGACAAAGGAAGAAAAGGUUCAAGUGGAUUUCUGGGAAGACCUGGCUCUAAAGGAUCCAAGGGUUCUAAAGGUGAAGAGGGAUUGGCUGGUUCAAAAGGAGAUAGAGGACUACCUGGAUUUCCCGGCAGUCUUGGUCUUCCUGGAGAGAUGGGGCUUCCUGGACUGCCAGGAUAUGGACCACAAGGAGUAAGAGGUUUCAAAGGCUCUAAAGGAAUACCUGGUCCACCUGGAUUACCUGGAGAAGCUGGUCUGAAAGGAGAGACCAGCAGGGUAACUCCAUUACCUGCAUUGCCAGGUCCUCAAGGACCAAAUGGUUUACCUGGACCCCCAGGAGUGCCUGGUAGGGUUGGAGCAAGAGGUCAGCCAGGUGAUUCAGGACAUCCAGGGCCAACAGGUGACACAGGUUUUCCAGGGCUUGGAUUUCCUGGAAACCCAGGUCCAAAAGGAGAUAAAGGGCUUGCAGGAGGCAGAGGCUCACCAGGUUGUGAAGGAAAGAUCGGAGAUCCAGGCCGACCUGGAAAUCUAGGACAACCAGGAGAAAAGGGUGACCCAGGCAUGGUUAUUCCUGGAGAGCCAGGUGAUACUGGAUUUCCAGGGCUUCCAGGCCUACCAGGGCAUGCUGGACAUGAUGGUGAUGAUGGCCUAAGAGGAGAUCGUGGCUCACCUGGAGUUCCUGGAGAUCCAGGUUUUCCAGGGAAACCUGCUGAAUGUCUUAUUGGCCUGCCAGGCUUGCCAGGUGGCCAGGGAGCUACAGGCCCACCAGGAGGAAGAGGUUCACAAGGUUCAAAAGGAAAACUAGGUUCUCCUGGUUUGAGUAUCCCAGGAAUCUACGGAAAGCCUGGGGAACCUGGAUUAAUAGGUCUUCAGGGAAAUACAGGGUUACCUGGUCUCAAGGGACAUUCUGGAAGGCCAGGAAUCUCUGGUGUGCCAGGCUCAAGGGGAGAACCAGGUAUAAUGGGCGUGUUAGGAAUUCCUGGACCCCCUGGCAUGAUUGGAAGACCAGGCAACGUGGGUAUCAGAGGUUCUUCUGGCUUCCCAGGACUAAAGGGAAGAAAAGGAUUCCUUGGAGCAAAAGGUGAACCAGGUGAUAAAGGUUUUCCUGGACCAUCUGAGACCUUGGUUGAUGUUGGGACUAAAGGAGAACAAGGCUUAACAGGACUUCAAGGAAGAAUGGGACUAAGAGGAGAAAAAGGAGAUGCCGGUGUGCAAGGCCCCCCAGGUCUUGAUGGGUCUGAAGGAAUACCUGGUCUACCAGGUGUCAAAGGAUUUAUGGGUCUUCCAGGAAUUCCUGGACAACAAGGAUUCCCAGGUGCACCAGGAAACAAAGGGGACAUGGGAAUUCCAGGUCCAAAAGGACAGAAAGGAUCUCCAGGCUUUCCAGGACCAUCAGGUGACCCUGGUCCACCGGGCUAUGGUGGCUUUCCAGGUGACAAAGGAGACCCUGGGUACCCAUCUGCUGGGCCUCCAGGAGAACCUGGUCCAAAGGGAGAUCCAGGCCCCCCAGGAGUCUUGGGCAGCAAAGGAGAAAAAGGAUCCCAAGGUCAUCCAGGACAUAAAGGAGUAGCAGGACCACAUGGGAUCAGAGGGGAAACUGGAGGUGCAGGAAUCCCAGGGAAGCUUGGACCUCCUGGAGAUAUUGGUGUUAAAGGACGGCAGGGCCACCCAGGGCAACAGGGCAUUACAGGGCCUCCUGGUGCUGUUGGAAACCCUGGAAAAAGUGGACUUGUUGGUGAAAAAGGUAAUCAAGGUCAGGAUGGCAUGCCUGGUCCCCCAGGAGCAAAGGGAGAACCAGGAGCACCAGGGAGAGGAAUCCCUGGCCUUCGAGGUGUUCCUGGUCGUAGAGGAAUCAAGGGGGACAUGGGACUGCCUGGUUUUCCUGGGCCACCAGGAAUGAAAGGUCAUCAGGGUGAUCAAGGACCCGUUGGACCUCCUGGCUUAGUGGGGUUACCUGGAUUUCAAGGCGCAACAGGAAUGGCAAUUACUGGCCAAAAAGGGAAUAGAGGUAUUGCUGGUGCAGAUGGCAGAACAGGUGCUCCUGGUUUUCCAGGGCCUCCUGGUCUUCCCACUCCCAGCAUGAAAGGAAGCAAAGGUGUUAGAGGGGCAGAUGGCAUACCAGGGCCAACAGGCCCAGCAGGCGACAUUGGUCCUCCUGGCCCAAAAGGAAUAGAAGGUCGAUCGGGUUAUCCUGGUGCUAGAGGGGACCCUGGAUUUCCUGGAUUCCCGGGUGUAAAAGGAGAAAAGGGUGAUCAAGGACCCCCUGGACCACAAGGUGCAAAAGGGCCAAGGGGACCAAAGGGCCAGCGUGGUCAACCUGGAGUCCCUGUGAGAAUGUUCUCCAUCCCAGGAAGCAAGGGUCCUCCUGGACUGCCAGGAAUCCCAGGAACACCAGGUGAUCAAGGAAUUCAAGGGAUUCCUGGACUACAAGGACCUAAAGGAGUAAAAGGUCUACCAGGAAGUUUUGGUCAUCCAGGUCAACCAGGACUGCCUGGUCCAAAAGGAGACAGGGGAUUUCCAGGACAAAGAGGAGAACCUGGACUGAUUGGCUUUCCAGGACUACAGGGGUUACCUGGAUCACCAGGUACUAUCAUUGCUGGUCCAACAAGAAGAGGUUUUGUCUUUACCCGGCAUAGUCAAUCAACAAAGAUUCCUUCUUGCCCACAUGGAACAUUGCAGAUCUAUGUUGGCUAUUCGCUGCUUUUUGUACAAGGAAAUGAACGAGCACAUGGACAAGAUCUUGGAACAGCUGGUAGCUGCUUGCAGAGAUUUACCACCAUGCCAUUCCUAUUCUGUAACACCAAUGAUGUUUGCAGUUUUGCUUCUCGCAAUGACUAUUCAUACUGGCUGUCAACUGUAGCAGUAAUGCCGGUAGACAUGGCACCAAUUUCUGGCAGGGCACUAGAGCCCCAUAUAAGCAGGUGUGUUGUCUGCGAAGGACCUGCAAUGAUAAUAGCAGUUCACAGCCAAACAACUGUAGUUCCUGCAUGUCCAGAAGGCUGGUUCUCUCUCUGGAAGGGUUUUUCUUUUGUUAUGUACACAAGUGCCGGCUCAGAGGCUUCUGGCCAAGCAUUGGCAUCUCCUGGAUCUUGUCUGGAAGAAUUUCGAGCCAUCCCAUUCAUAGAGUGCCAUGGCAGGGGGACAUGCAACUACUACACAAAUUCCUACAGCUUCUGGUUGGCAUCGUUAAAUCCAAGAAGAAUGUUCAGGAAACCUCUGCCACAGACCUUGAAAGCAGGACAACUAGAAAAUAUCAUCAGCCGUUGUCAGGUCUGCAUGAAGAGACCAGUCUAA